AUGGAUCGUUCUCGGAGCCCGGACAAAAGCACCCAGCCUCCAACACCAACUGACAACAUCAACCUUGGACCUUCUGCUAACCCAAAUGCCAAGCCAACAGACUUUGACUUCCUGAAGGUUAUUGGCAAAGGAAGCUUUGGAAAAGUUCUGCUGGCCAAACGUAAGUGUGAUGGGACUUUUUAUGCUGUGAAAGUCUUGCACAAGAAAGCCAUCCUGAAGAAAAAAGAGCAAAACCACAUCAUGGCAGAGCGCAACGUGCUCCUGAAAAACGUCAAGCACCCCUUCCUGGUGGGACUCCAUUACUCCUUCCAGACUUCGGAGAAGCUUUACUUUGUGCUUGACUAUGUGAAUGGGGGAGAGCUCUUCUUCCACUUGCAAAGGGAGCGCUGCUUCCGUGAACCACGGGCUCGAUUCUAUGCUGCAGAAGUUGCUAGUGCAAUUGGGUACCUGCAUUCCUUAAACAUCAUUUACAG